GGAGAGGGUUUGGGAGACGGGGACCCGAGUCAACUCGUCCUGGCGACCCGCACGUUCUCUAGCACCCCCUGCCCCGGGCAGCGGGCAAGAGCCGGACCUGGCGCCCCCGCCGCUCCCCCUCCAGCUCUUGCCACUGCCACUCGGGCGGCGUGAUCGGUGCCCGGGACGGGGGCCCGGCCCCGCCCGCAGGCGGGAGGAGAGAGGCGGGAGGAGGGAGCGCGCCCACACCCCGCCCCCGCCCCGGGAGGCAGCCGGCGGAGCCCGCGGCCAGGGCGGCGCAGACCGGCCCAGCCACUCGCCAGGGCUGCGCGCCGGGACGCGCCACCGCCACCGCCGCCGCCGCCGCCGCCGCCGCGUCCGCCCUUCAGCCCCCGCUCCCGGGGCUCGAGAAGGUCUCCACCCUGGGCAGGAGGGGGGCUGUCCCAGUUCGAGGCACAUUGGGCGCCUUCUCUGUUCUUGGACAGAACAGCUACAGCUGCUUCCACGGGGCUGGGAGCCAAGCCGCAGGGAGAGACAAGCCAUGGACCCCCCAUAGCCUCAGCAUUUGGGGUCAGCGCCUUAGGAGAGCAGAGGGGCCACCUCCAUCCACCCCCUUCCACCAAGAAGGAGGGAGCCAAGAACUGGACCCUUAGCCCAGCCCACUGCCCUCCCCAAGCCCCAGGAGGGCAUGGACCAGCAGUGGUGAACUGCCAGAGCUGAUGCCGGGUCCCCAGGGGGCCGGAGGAACCCCGGCCAUGAGCCUGGGCAAGCUCUCGCCCGUGGGCUGGGUGUCCAGCUCGCAGGGGAAGAGACGGCUGACAGCGGACAUGAUCAGCCCCCCCCUCGGGGACUUCCGCCACACCAUGCACGUGGGCCGCGGCGGGGACGUCUUCGGCGACACCUCCUUCCUCAGCAACCACGGUGGCAGCUCCGGGGGCACCCACCGCUCGCCCCGCAACUUCCUGGCCAAGAAGCUGCAGCUGAUGCGGAGGGUGGGGACACCGCCGCGGCGAAUGGCUUCCCCGCCCGCGCCGUCGCCGGCUCCGCCCGCCGUCUCCCCCAUCAUCAAGAACGCCAUCUCCCUGCCUCAGCUCAACCAGGCCGCCUACGACAGCCUCGUGGUGGGCAAGCUCAGCUUUGACCGCAGCCCCGCCACCUCCACGGACGGCCACUCCAGUUACGGCCUGGACUCUGGAUUCUGCACCAUCUCCCGCCUGUCUCGUCCAGAAAAGCCUCGUGACCGAGACCGUGAGAACUCCUUCCCCUCUGAGCCUGAGCUUCGCCGCUCUGACUCCCUCCUGUCCUUCCGCCUGGACCUCGACCUUGGGCCCUCUCUCCUCAGUGAGAUGCUGGGGGUCAUGAGCCUCUCAGAAGCCUCUGCGGCUGAGACCCCAGCCCCAGCCCCUGCUGCAAAUUCCCCAGCCCCAGCUGCAAAUCCCCCGGCCCCAGCUGCAACCCCCCUGUCCCCUCUGGGAAAGCCCUCAGGCCCUGCCUCAAGCCCCCCACCCCGUGGACACUGCCCCAAUGGGGUAACUGCUAGGUUGGGCUCAGUGGCUGAGGCCAGGGCCAGUCCAGUAGGAGAGCAUCCCCCAGCACCUGCUGACAUGGCCCCUGGCCGGCGCUGGGGAGCAGGCUGGGGUGGCAGCCAAAGCAGCAGCCGCCACUACCCUGAGGUGGAUGCUCGGCGGGAGCCAGUGGGGAUGCUGUCCCAGGCCCAGUCCUCUUGGGAGAGCCUGGACGACGAGUGGGGGGCAGCCCAGGCAGGCAGCAGGGCCCCCGUGCCCAGCACGGUGCAAGCCAACACCUUCGAGUUCGCUGAUGCUGAGGAGGAUGAUGAGGUCAAGGUGUGAGCCGCUGGGCACGGGCUCCGGGCACUGCCUAUGGACAGCCCAGGUGCAGAGCCAGCCCCUCACCUGCCAGGCGGGUCCUAGAUCCCUCCUCACCUCUGCAGGCCAGACAUGGGAGGGAGGCCAGAGGAGACCAAGCUUGUUCCAGGCCCCCAGUGUUUUCCUGGGUCCUGCUGGGCUGAUCUGCCUCCCCACCUCCUCCCCCCGCCCAACCCUUGCCCCACUGCCACUCUGGACCCAGUAGCCAUUCCCUGGGGCCACCUCCACCCCAUGCCACCCCCACCAGCUGGAGGGCCAGCCUCACAGGGCAGCCUUUGUGCGGAGAAAGCUGCCCUCCACGGAUGGGGGCUGGGGAGCACACCACACAGAGCCUUUGUCUCCUCUCCCAAAGGGACCGCGUGCCCCAGCUCAUCCUGGAGUUGCCCCCAGCAGGGUCGCCAUCACCUGCCUGAGAGCCGCAGCCCUCGCUCAGGCUGCCGCCCCAAUACUCCCACCGCCACCCCUACUUGUCCCAGAAGCCUCAGAGAAGAAAAUCAGGUGUGACUUCAGAGCAGGUGAAACGCCACCUUCCUGUGUGCACCCCAGACCUGCCUCUGGGACCCGAUUAAAAAAGGCUUUUUUGAUAAAAAGUUGUCCUUCAAGAUGCUUGAGGAGCUCAGAGCAUAGUGUCAGCUCCACCUGCUCGAAUACCCUCAGUCCUGGGAUUGGAAAGCCAAGAACCGCCCCCAACCCACACCCCCUCCCACACCCACACACAGGGCUCCCAAUGAGAGGAGGGGCCGAGGCGGGGGGUAAUUGAGUAACCAGGCUGGAAUGAAUGUCCCUGCGAUAAGAGGCCAGGUGGGAGCCCUUAUCUGCAGUUCCGGGAACAGCCCCUGACCCAGGUGCCUGGAACCAGAAUCCCUCAGGGCAGCUUGGCACUUGCCCUGGUGACAAAAGGGGACAGGCAGCCAGGAGUGGUGGCUUCAAGGUGUUUACGUGCACAACCCCCACGUGGCAGUCCUGGGACCUGGUGCCCCCGUUUUCUUGUCUGUUUCCUAAGGAUGCUGGGAGCAUUAAAAUAGUGGAAACAUCACAGUUCCUACCACCA